AGUCUGGUGCUGCUUGUGGUGUCAGCGACUUGUUCAUUUCGAGUGUCAUGCCACUGCGCUUCAUGAGAUGGGUGAUAUUUGUGAUUUGGGUCCAUUUAAAAGGCUGAUCUUAUCACCACUGUUUGUUAAGGAAUUGAAUCGUACUACCUCAGCUGGUUUUUUGAGUACAAUCACUCAAGGAGCUAAUGAGCUUGCAUCUACUGUGCGCGUACGAAUCAAGAGUCACCGCAAGAAGCACAAGCAUGGGAGUGAAACCUCCAUUGAUGCUGCAAAGACAUCAAACACCUGCGCUCAGUCGAAAGAGAAUGCUGCUUAUACUGAUCAAACAUCAAAAGGUUUAAAUGGAAAUGGUGAAAGUUGUAAUGGUAAUGCGGAGUUGCAGGUAACUCAUGAAGGUGGUGAAAUGAAUAACAAGGUGGACCUGAAGCCAAAAUACAAAAAAGUACUAUCAUCCAAUCAGAGAGACGGGUCUCAGGUUUUAGGGGUAAAACAGAAUUAUGAGUUGAUCGAUUUGCCUCCAGAUACAAGACCACUUCUUGUUUUCAUAAACAAGAAGAGUGGGGCCCAACGUGGUGAUACACUCAGGCAGCGUUUGAACAUCCUUCUGAAUCCUGUUCAGGUCUUUGAAUUGAGCGCCACGCAAGGACCAGAGGUGGGCCUUCACUUAUUUAGAAGAGUACCUCAUUUCAGGGUUCUAGUAUGUGGAGGGGAUGGUACAGUCUGUUGGGUUCUUGAUGCCAUUGAGAAGCAAAAUUUUGUAUCUCCUCCCCCUGUUGCAAUUCUUCCAGCCGGGACUGGGAAUGAUCUAGCCAGGGUUUUGUCCUGGGGAGGUGGUUUGGGUGUGGUGGAGAGCCAAGGAGGACUUUGUACAGUGUUGCACCACAUAGAGCAUGCAGCAGUUACUAUUCUUGAUCGAUGGAGGAUAACAAUAACAAACCAACAUGGGAAAGUUCAAUCACCGAAGUUCAUGAAUAACUAUUGUGGAAUUGGGUGUGAUGCAAAGGUGGCGUUGGAUAUUCAUAAUCUGCGGGAAGAGAAUCCAGAGAAAUUCUAUAAUCAGUUUAUGAACAAAGUGCUUUAUGCUCGGGAAGGAGCAAAGAGUAUGAUGGAUAAUACAUUUGAAGACUUCCCUUGGCAAGUCCGAGUGGAGGUGGACGGGGUAGACGUAGAGGUCCCAGAGGAUGCGGAGGGUGUACUUGUUGCUAACAUCGGUAGUUACAUGGGAGGUGUGGAUUUGUGGCAAAACGAGGAUGAAGCUGAUGAUAAUUUUGAUCCUCAGUCCAUGCAUGACAAGAUGCUCGAGGUUGUCAGCAUAUCAGGAAUGUGGCAUCUUGGAAAACUUCAGGUUGGACUUUCACGAGCUAGAAGACUUGCGCAAGGGCAGUCUAUCAAGAUUCAUAUCUGUGUCCCCUUGCCAGUUCAAGUGGAUGGCGAGCCUUGGUUUCAAGAACCGUGCACAUUGACUAUAUCGCACCAUGGCCAGGCAUUCAUGUUGAAGAGGGCUUCCGAAGAACCUCUAGGUCAUGCAGCUGCGCUAAUAGCCGAUGUACUCGAGAGUGCUGAAAGCAAUCGUGUCAUUACUGCCUCCCAAAAGCGAGUCCUGCUUCAAGAAAUGGCAUUAAGGUUAUCUUAGAGAAAGAAUAGCAUACAUCCCAAACCGCUUUUCCAGUUUGGAGUUUAAGGGUUUUAAUUUCACCAUUUCAAGUGUGCAAUUUCCAUAGAAAAAUAGUAGAUUGUAGUAUUGAAUUACGGACAAGGAUAGCCAAGUUAAAUGUGAAGUUGUCCUUGUGUUCUGUGAGUAGUUGUGUUGUCGAUGUUUGUUGAAACUUGAAACUAGGAUUUCAUGUAUGCAUGUUUUGUUGGCCAACUUUAAAACUUUCUGCACAGGACUGCGAAAAAGUCCAGCAAAUGAAUUAGUGCUCAGCUCAUAUGAGAAUCAGGAGGCUCGAUGGUUGUAACUUGAUUUUUUGAACUUGUAAUCGCCUUUUGGAGCUGUCCUUGUGUUCUA